AUGGGUCUCGCUUCCUGCUGUACUCGUGAAGUCGAGGAUGGUACCCAACAGCGACUUCUGAGCCUACACGAGCGGUUCGCCUACAUCACCAUCAUCGCCAGACAGGCACACGUCAUCACCUACCUCUAUCGCUAUCCCCUCGACGAGUUGCCGACCACCGAGUACCUUCACUCCGCCGUCAACAGAGCGCAGCGGGAUGUUCACCAUCUCUGGGCGGAGGUCGUUGAUGGGGAGACGCCCCGACCGGCAAUCCGCCUCAGGCCUGAAGGACCAUGGCCGCCGGCAGAGGUCGUACGGGACAAUACGUACGCCGCCCAACUAGGAGAAAGGGAGGAGGCGAAGGGGGAGCUGGUCGAGUCAAGACUGCUGGAGUCAGAGAUCCGCCGGAUGCAGUCUCGGGUGGGAGAAGGUGGACCAGCUUGGCAGGUCACUCGAUACCUUCCUAUAUCUGGACAGGCGGGACUGCACAGCGGUAUGGAGCCUCGCGACUGCAAAUCAGGCGCGGAGGCCGGAAAUCCCUUCAUCAGAUCCAUCGACCCUGGCGCAAUUUCCAGCUACGUAGCAAUAUCCUUCUUCCACCACAUCAUCGAUGGUUCGGCCGGCCUCAAACUCUCCCUAUCUGUCUUUUCCGGUACCCCCCUCAUCCCCGCAUACGGACUAGCUCCCCGCAUGGAGGAUCUCGUCCGCCUCUCCCCUUCCCUCCCCUAUCUCGCCAAGGAGGCAUACCGCGAGUUGGUCGCCCCCGCUCUCCCCAGUCUCCUCCGCGCACGGCUCAGUGGCGCUCAGUGUUGGCCGGGAGAGGGGGUCAAGGGCAACCCAUCCACCUUUCCCGAGGCACAGGAAACCAUCCACCUUCCCACAUCCUGGGUGGCGGCGGUCAAGAGGGUCGGUAAGGCGCGCGGCGUCUCUACGGUCCAUCCUAUCCUCGAGGCGGCGUUCGUUUUCGCCAUGCGGGACGUGCUGGGUACGUCUAUGCCCAUCGAUGUGAGCACACCCGUGAACGACCGGGAUUCGUCGAAUCCGGGCUGUCCGCAGACAGCGAGUGUCAUGGUAUCGGCCUUGCACAAGGUGUAUCCACCCCUCCCCUCCCCACCCGCGAGCGGCUCCACAGACAAGGCCUCUUUAGUCUCGGACCUGCCAGCCUUUUGGGCCACCGCUCAAGGCACAGCAAAGCACCACGCCUCUCGCUCCGCCCGCAAGGAGUCUCGAUACCACAUCGGUGUCCUCGCCCUCGUCCCCAAUCCCAAAUCCUUCUCCUCUCCGCAUACCGACGACCCUCUGCGGCGCACCAAGACGGGAUGGGAAGACUUCUUCUGGUCCACCCUGGAGCGUCCCGCACCUUAUCGCGAUUCCCUGGUGAUCUCCAAUCUUGGUCGGAUCGAGCGGCUCCCGCCGGGAUGCGGCGGAAUGAGGUGGACGCAGAGCGCUGCGCCAUUCAUCUCGCCGUUAUGCCUACAGAUAGUUGGGCAUGAGGCGGGUCUCGAGGUUUGUGCAUCGUUCCGAGAAGGGUGUGCAGUGUCUAGGGAGGAGGUACGGAGGAUCCUGGGGAGGUUCGAGGGGAUUGUAGCGGAUCUCAUCAAGAAUUAG